AAGAUGAUUAAGUAGUUCCCAUUGGCACACGGUACACAAUGUCGAGCAGCUGUGCGCAUUAAUUAAAAUAAUAAAUAUUCGUUUCGUGCGAAAAAAAAAGAAUUUUUGACAAAAUUUUGAAGUAAGCCGAUCUGUGGAUGUAGAUGUGGAGUUAGUCAUAAAACUGGAUAUGAGCGCCUAAUAAAGGCUAUUAGCCAUCAGUCUUGCAACGAGCUCGCGUCGAAGUGGUCGAGCGGAAUUGAACGCAAAAAGACGAAAACAAAUUAUUAUUGUGUUGCAAUUAGACAAGUUUCGCAUACGCACGUACACACGCGCACAUAGAUAUUUUCGGCUUUUCUAUAACGCUUUUUUAAACACACACCAACACCAACACCAACACACACACACACAUACACACACAUGCGAUUGUAAAUUGUAAAAGAGUUCAAUUAGACCAACCAAUAUCAGCCAAACAUCAAAUCGAAUCGGAAUCGGGUCAGUGAAAUGCAAAUUUGAAAUAUUUGAAAUAGAAUAAAAAGAGAAGAAAGGAAAUGAACGACAAACAAAGUGCGAAUGCGAAAAAUGCGCAAAAUCCAAUCGAACAGCUGACCAAAAGGGCGCCAACACCAGAUUCAGACAGUCAACAACAUCAGCAGCAGCAGCAGCAACAACAACAAGUGGCCAUGGCCACUGUUCGCCUGCCCAUUGUGGGCAUGACCUGUGGAUCGUGCGUGCGUAAUAUUGAAACACAGGUGGGUCAGCUGCCUGGUGUGCUCAAGGCACGCGUCCAACUCGAAGAGAGCGCUGGCUAUUUCGACUAUGAGCCUAGUCAAAUGGACGCCGAACGCAUUGCCAAUACCAUCGACGACAUGGGCUUCGACUGCAGCUAUGAGCCAGACGUGAGUCCGGCUAGCGCCAGCGCGCACAUACGCAUCCUGGGCAUGACCUGUCAGUCGUGUGUGCGCAACAUUGAGUCACACAUGUCCGGCCAGCCCGGCGUGCAUCGCAUCCAGGUGCAGCUGGAGGAGAAGUGCGCACGCGUCGAGUACGAUCCACAGCAGUUGACGGCGGCCCAAAUCGCCGAGGUGAUCGAUGAUAUGGGCUUUGAGGCGAGCGUGGCCGGUGGAACGGCGACAACGACGCCCAGACAAUCGCCCAUCAAGCAACAGGUGGCCAAUGGCACAGCCGCCAGCCAGGUGCAGUUGCCCAUCGAACAGGAGCUGUUGACCAAAUGCUUCCUCCACAUUCGUGGCAUGACCUGUGCCAGCUGCGUGGCGGCCAUUGAGAAGCAUUGCCGCAAGAUUUACGGCUUGGAUACGAUACUUGUUGCUCUGCUGGCUGCCAAGGCGGAGGUCAAAUACAAUGCAAAUGUUUUAACAGCCGAAAACAUUGCCAAAUCAAUAACCGAACUCGGCUUUCCCACCGAGCUCAUCAAUGAGCCCGACAACGGUGAGGCCGAGGUGGAGCUGGAAAUAUCGGGCAUGACCUGCGCUUCCUGUGUCCACAAGAUCGAGAGUCACGUGCUCAAGCUGCGCGGCGUGACGGCUGCCUCGGUCACAUUGCUGACAAAACGCGGCAAAUUCCGAUAUACAACGGACGAUACGGGUCCGCGAAGCAUAUGCGAAGCGAUCGAGGCGCUUGGCUUUCAGGCCAAGCUCCUCAGCGGACGAGACAAGAUGGCGCACAAUUAUCUGGAACACAAGGAGGAGAUAAGAAAAUGGCGGAACGCGUUCCUCAUCUCACUUAUCUUUGGCGGGCCGUGCAUGGUGGCCAUGAUCUACUUCAUGCUGGAAAUGAGCGACAAGGGUCAUGCGAACAUGUGCUGCCUCGUGCCUGGGCUAUCCAUGGAAAAUCUGGUCAUGUUCUUGUUGUCGACGCCCGUACAGUUCUUUGGCGGCUAUCACUUCUAUGUGCAAUCGUACCGCGCCAUCAAACAUGGCACCACCAACAUGGAUGUGCUCAUCUCAAUGGUGACGACGAUCUCGUAUGUCUACUCCGUGGCUGUGGUGAUAGCAGCAGUGCUGAUGGAGCAGAAUAGCUCGCCUCUUACCUUCUUCGAUACGCCGCCGAUGCUGCUGAUCUUCAUUUCGCUUGGUCGCUGGCUGGAGCACAUAGCCAAGGGCAAGACAUCGGAGGCACUGUCCAAGCUGCUCUCACUAAAAGCAGCAGAUGCGCUGCUCGUGGAGAUCUCGGCCGACUUUGAUAUAAUCAGUGAGAAGACAAUAUCCGUAGACUAUGUUCAGCGCGGAGAUGUGCUGAAGGUGAUACCCGGUGCCAAGGUACCCGUCGAUGGCAAAGUGCUCUUUGGCCAUUCGAGCUGCGAUGAAUCCCUCAUCACGGGCGAGUCGAUGCCGGUGGCUAAGCGCAAGGGCGCCGUUGUCAUUGGCGGCUCCAUCAAUCGGAACGGCGUGCUUCUCGUUGAGGCCACGCACACUGGCGAGAAUACGACGCUGGCGCAGAUUGUGCGACUCGUCGAGGAGGCACAAACAUCGAAGGCUCCCAUACAACAGUUAGCGGAUCGCAUUGCCGGUUACUUUGUGCCCUUUGUGGUGGCCAUAUCGACCAUAACGCUCAUCGGAUGGAUUAUAGCCGGCUUUGUCAAUCCCGAUCUGGUGCCAGUAGCCAUGGAGCAUAAGAUGCACAUGGAUCGCAAUACGAUUGUCAUUAGCUACGCAUUCAAGUGUGCUCUCAGCGUGUUGGCCAUUGCCUGCCCAUGUGCCUUAGGCCUGGCCACGCCCACAGCGGUUAUGGUGGCCACUGGCACGGGCGCAACGAACGGUGUGCUGGUUAAAGGUGCCACAGCACUGGAAAAUGCCCACAAGGUCAAGACAGUUGUCUUUGAUAAGACGGGCACCAUUACGCAUGGCACUCCGAUGACCAGCCGGGUAACGUUGUUUGUGCCGCCGCAGGUGUGCAGCCUGGCCCGCGCCUUGACCAUCAUUGGCGCUGCGGAGCAGAACAGUGAACAUCCCAUUGCCUCAGCCAUUGUACACUUUGCCAAGGACAUGCUAAAUGUGCAGAAUAGUUUUGGCAAGAGCUCAAAUUUUCAGGCGGUGCCCGGCUGUGGCAUUCAGGCCACCGUCUCCAACUAUGAGCAGGCAUUGCGGCAGGCUUGCAAUGCGGAGCGAAUUAUCAACUAUGAGAAUCUGUGGCGCACUCAUCCACACACUGCAAUCGCCGUAGACAACGGCGCCAGCAUCGAUUAUUUGCAGCUGCAGGAGAAAAUCAUCGAACAGCAGCUGCUCGCCUUGGAUGGGGCCCUCGAUCUGGAACAGCGCCAGCAGCAUCCACAGUUCGAACAGCACCAACAGCCACUGAUCGAUGGACCCGAGAUUCAUGUGCUCAUCGGCAAUCGCGAAUGGAUGCAACGUAAUUGCAUCGAGGUGCCACUGGAGAUUAGCGAUUGCAUGACGCACGAGGAGCACAAAGGGCACACGGCCGUCCUAUGCGCCCUCAAUGGCCAGCUGGUUUGCAUGUUUGCUGUCGCCGACAUGGUCAAGCCGGAGGCUCACCUGGCGGUCUAUACACUGAAGCGCAUGGGCAUCGAUGUGGUUCUGCUGACGGGCGACAACAAGAAUACAGCAGCAAGCAUUGCUCGUGAGGUGGGCAUACGCACAGUCUAUGCGGAAGUGCUGCCCUCGCAUAAAGUAGCGAAAAUCCAACGGAUCCAACAGCGUGGCAUACGCGUUGCCAUGGUGGGCGAUGGUGUCAACGAUAGCCCCGCUUUGGCACAAGCCGACGUGGGCAUCACCAUAGCAGCGGGCACAGAUGUGGCUGCCGAGGCAGCGGACAUUGUGCUGAUGCGUAACGAUCUCUUGGAUGUGGUUGCCUGCUUAGACCUGUCCCGGUGCACAGUGCGUCGCAUACGCUACAAUUUCCUAUUUGCCAGCAUGUACAAUCUGCUGGGCAUACCCCUGGCUAGCGGGUUGUUUGCGCCCUUUGGCUUUACGCUCCAGCCCUGGAUGGCCUCGGUGGCCAUGGCCGCCAGUUCGGUGAGCGUUGUCUGCUCGUCGCUGCUCCUCAAAAUGUAUCGCAAGCCAACGGCCAAGACGUUGCGCACCUCCGAAUACGAAGCUCAACUGGCCGCAGAGCGUGCCAAACGUUAUGGCUCCGAUUCGGAACUUGACAAGUUGUCGCUGCAUCGCGGCCUUGACGAUCUGCCCGAGAUCAUGAACGGCAAACGAAUGGCCGCUUUCAAGCGUUCCAAUACCUCGCUUAUCUCGCGCAUCUUUGGCGCCAAUGGCAAUGGCAAUACCAAGCACGAGGAGGGACUGCUCCAGGAUGCCAACGAGCGUACGCCGAGGAUACUGCAGUCGCGCUACCUAGUCGACACCACAGAGCUGCAAAAACUGUAAAAUACCCUAAAUUUACCGUUGCACACAACUAGAAAUCUGUAUAUAAGCAAAAGAAAAUAUCUAAAG